AUGGCUUCUCGGACCCAUAUCGCCCACGAGCUCCUCCAGCGCGCUCACUCCCCCGACACCGCGAACCAGCUGUUCACCGAGAGAAUCAAGCAGAAGCCUCUCUUCCUUCGUCCCACAUCUCCCACACCGGCAGACAACCGCGCGCGACGACGCCUGCAUCGCCUGCGCAAGAAGGAGUACUUUUAUCGCAAGCAGAAACCGAAGCCGCUCUCCGCGCGCGAAAAGCGCAUUUCUGGUAUCUACGACAUCCCGAAGGAAGAAUGCAAAUACGAGAUCUUCAAAGGGCUGCACAAAUUGUGGGUGGAGUAUAUGCAGGAGGUGUUGGAUAUCAAGGAUCGCAGAGGCAAUAUUCCUCCGGUGACGGCGCAGUCACAUGGUAGUAAGCUGGCCAGCGCGGAUUUCCACGGCGCGGAGAUCGAAGUCGUUCGCAGUAGGUGCGCCAGCAGGGUUGGCAUGAAGGGCAUCGUGGUCCGAGAUACCAAGUUUACGUUUGUGGUCGUGACGGAGAAAGAUGAGGCUAAGACAAUCCCGAAAGAACACACCAUUUUCCGCUUUACGGUACCCAUACCUACCAAAGAUGAGGGCGAAAACACAGAGGGCAAGGCGUCUGCCAAAGAGCUAGUGUUUGAGCUUCACGGCAGUCAGUUUGAGAACCGCCCCGUCGAUCGCGCCAACAAAAAGUUCAAGUGGAAAAACGUCGACUAUCUUUAG